AUCCGACCGUUAGAACCAGUCGGCCUUCCCUUAUUUAAAAAUCUCUCCUCUCCUCACGCUACACUUGCGUUCACUAGCCGUUGCAAUCUGUCGCCCUAUCUCUUCCCAUGGAUUCAGCUACUUUUAUCAGCCCAUCCUCUGAUCAGAGGUUCUGGAGCAAGCUCCACGACCGCGUGGAUUCCGUUCUCGAGGAACGGAAGCCCAAACAACAGAUCGAGCUCGCUUCCUCUGCUUGUGGGCUGAAAUCGGAGCGAGGGAAGAGGUUCAGAGAAGACUCGCUUCUUCUGAUCAAAGGUCUGGACUCCGUGGCUUCGUCUCUGUCCAAGCUUUCAAAUACUUUGAGCGCAGCCCAGCAGGGAUUAACUGACUUGGCUAGACCCCCUUUAACAAAAGUUUUACAAAGAGAAAGCCAAAGGAUCGAAGAUGAGGAGCCAAAAUCAAAGAGGCAUUGUGGUUCCACUGAGCUUCUGGACAAGAAUGAGGUGAUUGGCUCUGAUCAUCAUGAGGAAACUGGUUCUGAUAAAUCUUCUGACAAGAAUGGAUUGGAGGGUUCGGGGGAAUUUCCCUGACAGGGAGAUAAGCAGGCCUCUUCAAAUGUUGUGAAAAGCGAGAAGCUGAUGAAAGCCAAAACUCUUGCAAUGUCCUUGGCAACAAAAGCAACUUCCCUUGAGGAACUGAAAACGAUAAAAUCAGAGUUAUCUUUUGUGCAAGAACGAAGUAAUUUGCUGGAAGAGGAAAAUAGGAGACUUCGAGAAGGAUUUGAGAAAGGUGUUAGACCAGAAGAAGAUGACCUGGUGAGACUUCAAUUGGAGGCCCUCCUGGCUGAGAAGUCCAGAUUGGCAAAUGAGAAUGCUAACUUAAUGAGAGAGAACCAGUGCCUUCAUCAACUUGUUGAGUAUCACCAAUUGACCUCUCAGGACAUAUCAGCAUCCUACGAAGAGCAAGUCAUACAUGGUAUGUGCUUGGACUUUUCAUCUCCACUGGGAAAAACAGAGAGUGAGUUAGGUGAUGAGAAUGAUUGUGGUGAUGGUGAAGCUCCUUGUACUUCAUCAACCCGUAAACUGGGAUUGUUCUCUUCUACUGAUGAAAACUACGGAAAUAUACAGAAAUAGGUACAAGUGUAUGGAAAUUACUAUUUUCCAUGUUCUAUGUACAAUUGUUUUGCUUGAUGCUAACUAGACUAUGUCUUUAUUUUUAGUUUUUCCUAUAUUUCAUGACUGAAGUUCCUUAUAUACAAUUGUUUUGCUUGUACCUAUUCUCCAUGUUCAAUUCUUUCCUGAUUCCUAUGAAUUA